UACACAGUUUACGGCUGGGUAUUUGUCUAAGAGGUUUAUCUGAAGAUCCCUAUUAUUCCUUCCACAAAGUUAGCGCAGUAAGAAGUCAUUGAAAAUUUUCGACGCUGUUUUACCGAUUCUACCAAAAGCUGUACAUCGAUGGCAAUUCCUCAGAAGCUGAGAGACCGGAUAGCAGCCGCCAUCACGUACGUUUUUGACUAUCAAAAUCAAGAUACGCAAUGGCACUCUGGUGCAAUAUAAAAGCCACAUAUUCUACAAAUCUGCAUAGUAGAGCUUCUGACCUUUGCUGCACCUCAAAGUGAAAUCGAAGAAAAUGUACAAGUUCCUGCUUAUUGCUGCUUUGGUGCCGACCCUAGUGUUGGCACAAACCCCAGUUUACCAGUGCCCCAACGGAGCGGGCCUUCCGGCUUCGGUUGACAUCAACGGAUGCACCACCUCGCCUUGCCCGAUUUAUAAUAACGCUCCGAUUGUGGCCCACGGCUUGGAUAUCGUAAGCCCUGUGGACACCGCAACCUUGACCGCCUACAUCAGUGUUCGUCUGCUUGGCCUGGAAGUUCCAUUCCCGAUCCCGGAUGAGCUGGUUGAUGCCUGCGUCGCUGGAACACCACCCGGUACCUGUCCAGUGUCUGCCGGCGAUGUCUUCGAUUACACUUUGGACUAUCCCGGUAUGGAGCUACCGAUAGUCGGAGUUACCGUCCAGAUAGAGGUCGGAUUAACGGCUGCCGACGGUUCCGAUGUCACCUGUGUGGCUUUUGAUGCGGAAAUCAGACCCUAA